UCACUUCUGGCAGUACCGGCUCAGAGCUCAUGGGAGGAGGGUGUGCGCCGCGUAGCUCUGUGGCUUUUUGAAUGAGAACCAGAACUAAUCUAAUCCAUUGACCCAAGAACACCAUGAACCUUUUAACUUAUUGGUGACGCGCGUGUGAUAAUAGCGAAGUGUGUAUGUGUGCGUCCGUUGAGGAGGAGUCCCAGUUUCCCGGUAUAAUGACAACGGUGGGCCGGCUCUGGAGGCAGUACGUCCCCGCCAGGGUGAGCGAGCUGCUGGCGGUGGUGAGCCUCACGUCCACCUGUAUGCUCUUCCUCCACACCAGCAACCUGCAAAGUCAGCUGGCCGUCUACACCAACCAGCUGGACGCUCCCUCGUCAGGCUUCCCACAAGGGCACUCCGAGGCGUACACCAGCGGAGUCUCAGAGGGACACAGCAUCCGGGAGAGAGGGAAGGACGGGGGACACAGAUCCUCCAGCCGGUACAAGCAGUAUGACCUUGAAAAGUUCAGACAACUUGACCCCAUGAGCCUCAACAACACCGUCCACCACAACAAGAUGACGCUGAUGUUCAACAGGGUACCCAAGGUGGGGAGUCAGAGCACCAUGGAGCUCCUACGAACCCUCUCCUACAAGAACGGCUUCACCUUCCACAAGGAUCGCCCGCAGAAAGUCGAGAAUAUCAAGUUGACGCCCAGAGAACAGAAACGGCUGGUUCAACUCGUGGACGUUUUCAGGCCGCCUUCAGUCUACGUCAAACACGUCUGCUACAUCAACUUUACCACGUUCAAAUUAACCCAGCCCAUCUACGUCAACAUGGUGAGGGACCCGGUGGAGCGUGUCAUCUCGUGGUAUUACUACGUGCGCGCGCCCUGGUACUUCGUGGAGCGCAAGCAGGCCUUCCCCGAGCUGCCGCUGCCCUCCCCCGCCUGGCUCAGAAAGGACUAUGAAACGUGUGUGCGGACUGGGGACCGGGAGUGCCAGUACAAUGAAGGGGGCGAACGGCCAGACUUCGCCCAGCUUACUGAGUUCUUCUGUGGCCAAGACCCACAGUGCACGGGCUUCAACACCCAGUACGCACUGCAGAAGGCCAAGGAGAAUGUGGAGAGGAACUAUGCCGUGGUGGGGGUGCUGGAGAACAUCAACAUGACCCUCACUGUCCUGGAACACUAUGUACCAAAGUUCUUCAAAGGGGCAAAAGAGGUGUACUGGAAUGAAGUUCAGAAGUUCUCCAAGGUGAACCGGAACAUUUACAAGCCACAGGUUGCAGAGAAGGUGAAGGAUAUAGUGAGGAAAAACUUCACCAGGGAGAUGGAGUUUUAUGAGUUCUGCAGAAGACGCCUGUACAUGCAGUCGCAGCACUCAAGCUUCCAGAGCAGGAGUGGAGUGAGCCUGUCCAGGGCUGGCCAGGAGUGUCUCCAGUGA